CUCAUGUUCAUGGUCAUGUUCAAAUGUACGAACAGAACCAGGAAGGAGACAGUCAGACUGCAGUGUCGUGGACCUGAGGAGGAGGAGGAAGAGGGGCAUCAUGGCAGUGAACUGAAGCCCUGACUGUAUGACAUGCAUUUUACUGCUGAUGUUGGAACUACAAAUCUAACAGUAAUCUCUUGAAAGCAGUGUCAAGUGUAGAAUGAUGAGUGGAACAAUGGGAAGUCCGUACCAGUUUAGAAGACUACACUACAUGUCUGGAGGCUCCAGUAAGAACCAGUCUGCAGUCGAUCUCAGACAACCUAAGUCCAAAUCAGGCCCUGAGUUCCUCGGUCUGACCCGCUGUGCAGGCUGCUACAACCAGAACCAGAACUCCUCCCAGGGGCGGGGGGACAGCAGCGAAACCAGCUCCACAUCUGAAGACUCGUCAUCCUCAGAGUCAGAAUCGGAGUCAGAGUCAGAAGCGGAGUCGAGCUGCAGUGACGGCUGUUCGGAUCAGGGUUUAUCAGAAACAGAUGAGAAGCCUGAAGCUGAGGAGGACUCACCUGUGUCUGCAGUGGCUGCUGAGUCUGUGGGUGGAGGUCAGGAUGGAGAUGGCUGAGGAAAGAGACCUCCAGAAGCCAUCCAGAGCACCACUUAUCCAGUCGUUCUCCAUCAGAGUGAAAUAAUCGGCAGAUGUGUUGAUCUGAUAGUUCUUUGUUUACUGUGAAAAGAAGAAAAGUUACUCCAUUUGUUGUGUUUUUUGUUGUUAUCUGAUGAUCACACAUUGAAACCUGCAGCUUUGAGGUCCACUUCUCCAUCAUUUACACUGUGUUCAUGUGCUGACAAUGAACUGUUUGACCUGCAGUUGUUUUGCACUUUAUAGAAGAAGAUUGAUGUUUUCCCUCUACACAGCAAAGAGGAUGAUGGUGGAGAACAACUGUGAUGGUGUUUGUUAAAGCUGUAUUGAUUUUUUUUUCCUUGUUUCCUUUUUUUUUUUUUCCUGAAAAUGUGUCUUGAAGCUCUGGCAGACUCGCCUUGACUUCAGUGGAGGUCUGAUGGACAAGAGUGAACAACUUGAACACAUAUUGCACUUAAUGUGUGACUUUUACCAACAUGUUCCUUUUAUAUUUGCUGUUAAGCACUGCAUUUUCUUUCCCACAAAAUGCUUCAAUAUUACAAAGAAAUCAUCUGAAAGUCCAUCUCUCCAUGUUUCCUUGACCUUCCUCCACUUUCUUAAAUACAGUGAAACCUGUAGUUGUUAAAAUCAAAUAAGAGUUUUAGUCAGUAAUGGCAGCUUUUAUUUCUCACAUGAUCGUUCUUUAAUCUAUGACUUGAGAUUUUAGAAUUAUAUAACCGUGUGUUCUACAGAUUAAAUCAUGUAUGAUUAUUUAAUAUAGUCAUGAAACAACUCAUAUUCCUUCAUCUUUGGUUAAAAUGGUUAAAAGAUACUUAAAAGAACUUUUUUUUGCUAAUGUAAAAACACCAAAGUAAAUGGAAUACAUUACAAUCGGCCUGAUCACAGUCAAGGGUAACAGGAAGGGUGCACAGGUAGAUAAAAAAAAUAAUAAUGCUCUAUCAAAAAAUCAGAC